AUGAUUGUUCCCGUUAGAUGUUUUUCGUGUGGUAAGGUCGUUGGUGACAAGUGGGAAAGCUAUCUGAAUAUGCUUCAAGAGGAUGAGUUGGACGAAGGUACUGCAUUGACAAAAUUAGGUUUGAAAAGAUACUGUUGUAGAAGAAUGAUCCUAACACACGUUGAUUUGAUUGAGAAAUUCCUAAGAUAUAACCCAUUGGAAAGGAGGGAUUAA